CUGUGGAGACCUAAUUUUGUUUACACUUUCACAAUAUGCGGACAAAAAUCAAGUCUCCAUAACAUAAGUAAUUUUAAGAAGAGGACAUGCUUGAAGAAACUUGAGCAGACUUGUUGGUUAUCAUUCUUGUGUUACGGAGCUUGCAGUCAAUUUGCCUCUCAAACUGAAGUCCAGAGGAUGAGUGACUGUGUGGAGGAAGGGGAAGACACAGCAGAGCCUCCAGUAUCCAGCAGUCUGUCUAUUGAGAGUGACUGGUCCAGACUUAAGAAGUGAACCUGGACCCUCAAACACACAAGGUCAGUACCACACGCUGAGAGCAGAGUCUCCAGUAUCCAGCUGUCUGUCUAUGGAGAGUGACCAGUCCAAAGAACAAUCUUCAGUCUUCAGAAAUGAGCCUGGAACCUCAGACAGAAAGAAGAAAAAGAAGGAGAAGAAGAGGAGGAAGGAUGUCAUAAUCGCCAAAGGUCAGUACCACACGCUGAGAGCAGAGUCUCCAGUAUCCAGCUGUCUGUCUAUGAAGAGUGACCAGUCCAAAGAACAAUCUCUAUACUUCAGAAAUGAGCCUGGAACCUCAGAUACAGAAGGUCAGUACCACACGCUGAGAGCAGAGUCUCCAGUAUCCAGCUGUCUGUCUAUGAAGAGUGACCAGUCCAAAGAACAAUCUCUAUACUUCAGAAAUGAGCCUGGAACCUCAGAUACAGAAGGUCAGUACCACACGCUGAGAGCAGAGUCUCCAGUAUCCAGCUGUCUGUCUAUGAAGAGUGACCAGUCCAAAGAACAAUCUCUAUACUUCAGAAAUGAGCCUGGAACCUCAGAUACAGAAGGUCAGUACCACACGCUGAGAGCAGAGUCUCCAGUAUCCAGCUGUCUGUCUAUGAAGAGUGACCAGUCCAAAGAACAAUCUCUAUACUUCAGAAAUGAGCCUGGAACCUCAGAUACAGAAGGUCAGUACCACACGCUGAGAGCAGAGUCUCCAGUAUCCAGCUGUCUGUCUAUGAAGAGUGACCAGUCCAAAGAACAAUCUCUAUACUUCAGAAAUGAGCCUGGAACCUCAGACAGAAAGAAGAAAAAGAAGGAGAAGAAGAGGAGGAAGGAUGUCGUAAUCGCCAAAGGUCAGUACCACACGCUGAGAGCAGAGUCUCCAGUAUCCAGCUGUCUGUCUAUGAAGAGUGACCAGUCCAAAGAACAAUCUCUAUACUUCAGAAAUGAGCCUGGAACCUCAGACAGAAAGAAGAAAAAGAAGGAGAAGAAGAGGAGGAAGGAUGUCGUAAUCGCCAAAGGUCAGUACCACACGCUGAGAGCAGAGUCUCCAGUAUCCAGCUGUCUGUCUAUGAAGAGUGACCAGUCCAAAGAACAAUCUCUAUACUUCAGAAAUGAGCCUGGAACCUCAGAUACAGAAGGUCAGUACCACACGCUGAGAGCAGAGUCUCCAGUAUCCAGCUGUCUGUCUAUGAAGAGUGACCAGUCCAAAGAACAAUCUCUAUACUUCAGAAAUGAGCCUGGAACCUCAGACAGAGAGAAGAAGAAGAAGGAGAAGAAGGAGAGGAGCACAGAUCUUUUAUUUGUCAAAAAGAAGAAGAACAAGAAGGAUGUUUCUGUGGAGGAACAGCCGUCCUGCUGUGCUUUGUGUCAGGACGUCCUCAAGGACCCAGUCUCUACCAGCUGUGGACACUGGUUCUGCAGACAGUGCAUCACCUCAUCAGGAGACUCCCUCUGUCCUCAUUGUGGACAAGGACCCAGAACAAGACCUGGACUGCAGAAAGCCAGUCACACCAGUACACCUGUACAAACAGAUAGUGGUCUGCAGGAGGUUUUAGAUGAACAUAAGAUCAGUCUGAGGAGGAGAUGUGAAUGUGUGACUGAAGGAACCGAUGAAAAAGGAGGUCAAAUCCUUCUCAACAGAAUCUACACUGAGCUCUACAUCACAGAAGGACAGAGUGAAGAGGUUAAUACCCAACAUGAGGUUAGGCAGCUUGAGACGAUUUCCAAGAUGAAGACCCACCAUGACGCUCCAAUCAGGUUCCAUGACAUCUUUAAAGCCUUACCUGAUCAACAGAGUCAGAUCAGAGUCGUUCUGACAAACGGUGUCGCUGGAGUUGGGAAAACCUUCACAGUGCAGAAGUUCACUCUAGACUGGGCAGAAAGUUUGCAAAACCAAGAUGUCAGUCUGCUGGUUCUGCUUUCAUUCAGGGAACUGAACCUGAUCAGAGAUGAGCAGUACAGUCUUCUCAUGCUGCUUCACAUUUUCCAUCCAACAUUACAGAAAGUCACAGCAGAGAAGCUGGCUGUCUGUAAAGUUUUGUUUAUCUUUGACGGCCUGGAUGAAAGCAGACUUUCAUUGGAUUUCAACAACACCAAGGUUGUGUCUGAUGUCACACAGAAGUCAUCAGUCAACGAGCUGCUGACAAACCUCAUCCAGGGGAAUCUGCUUCCCUCUGCCUUCAUCUGGAUAACAUCCCGACCUGCAGCAGCCAAUCAGAUCCCUACUUCAUGUGUUGACAGGGUAACAGAAGUACGAGGCUUCACUGACCCACAGAAGGACGAGUACUUCAGGAAGAGAUUCAGUGAUGAAGAGCUGUCCAGAAGAACCAUCUCACACAUUAAGGCAUCCAGGAGCCUUCAUAUCAUGUGUCAAAUCCCAGUCUUCUGCUGGAUCACUGCUACAGUUCUGGAGCACAUAUUGACUACAGAGCAGAGAGGAGAGCUGCCCAAGACCCUGACUGGCCUGUACUCACACUUCCUGCUGGUCCAGACAAAGAAGAAGAGGGUAAAGUAUGGUGAGGGACAUGAGAAGAGUCCACAGGAUCUGACAGAGGCUGACAGAGAAGUUCUCCUGAAGCUGGGGAGGCUGGCGUUUGAACAUCUGGAAAAAGGAAACAUCAUGUUCUACCAAGAAGACCUGGAGCAGUGUGGUCUUAAUGUCACAGAGGCCUUGGUGUACUCAGGAAUUUGUACAGAGAUCUUCAAAAGAAAGUAUGUGAUUUUGCAGAAAGCAGUCUUCUGCUUUGUUCAUCUGAGUAUUCAGGAGUUUCUGGCUGCAAUCUACAUGUUAGACUGUUACACCAGUAGGAAGACAGAGAUACUGGAGGGCUUCCUGGAGAAAGACUACAAACUCUUUGACGCAAACCCUAAACAAUGGAAAGGAAACAGGGAUAGCUAUGACACAUCUCUGGAUAUCCUGCUGAGGUGGGCCAUGGAGAAGUCCCUCAACAGUAAAAAUGGUCACCUGGACCUGUUUGUUCGCUUCCUCCAUGGCCUCUCUCUAGAGUCCAACCAAAUACUUUUAGGAGGCUUGUUGGAUCAGACAGACAACAGUCCAGAAAUUGUCCAGAAAGCCAUCAACAACCUGAAGGAGAUGAAUAUUUCUAACAUUUCUCCUGACAGAAGCAUCAACAUCUUCCACUGUCUGGUCGAGAUGAAUGACCACUCAGUAUAUCAGGAGAUCCAGGAGUUCCUGAAGUCAGAGACCAGAUCAAAGAGACUCUCUGUGUUCCACUGCUCAGCUCUGGCCUACAUGCUGCAGAUGUCAGAGGAGGUUCUGGAUGAAUUGGACCUGAAGAAAUACAAUACAUCAGUGGAGGGGCGACAGAGACUGAUCCCUGCUGUGAGGAACUGCAGAAAGGCUCUAAUGAACGACUGCAAUUUGUCAGAGAUAAGCUGUACUUCUCUGGUCUCAAUUCUGAAGUCCAACCCUUCCCAUCUGAGAGAACUGGAACUGAGUGGAAAUGACCUGCAUGAUUCGGGAGUGGAAGAGUUGUGUGGGUUUCUGAGGAGCCCAGACUGUAAACUGGAGACUCUGAGAUUGAAGUCCUGCAGUUUGUCAGAGAUCAGCUGUUCCUUUCUGGCCUCAGCUCUGAAGUCUAACCCCUCCCACAUGAGAGUGCUGGAUCUGAGUGGAAACUACCUUAAGGAUUCAGGAGUGAAAGAGCUGUGUGAUUUUCUGAAGAGUCCAGACUGUAGUCUGGAGACCCUGAGUUUGUCAGAGAUCAACUGUGCUUCUCUGGACUCGGCUCUGAAGUUCAGCUUCUCCUGUCUGAGAGUGCUAGAGCUGAGUGGAAAUGAUCUAAAGGAUUCAGGAGUGAAGGAGCUGUGUGGGUUUCUGAGGAGUCCAGACUGUAAACUGAAGACUCUGAGAUUGAAUGACUGUAGUUUGUCGGAGACCAACUGUGCUUCUCUGGCCUCAGCUCUGAAGUCCAACCCUUCCCAUCUGAGAGAGCUGGAGCUAAGAGGAAACAAGCUGCAGGAUUCAGGAGUGGAAGAGCUGUGUGUUUUUUUGAGGACUCCAGACUGUAGACUUGAGGCUCUGAGACUGAGUCGCUGUGGUUUAUCAGAGACCAACUGUGCUUCUCUGGCCUCAGCUCUUAAGUCCAACCCCUCACAUCUGAGAGAACUGGAGCUGACAAAAAGCAAUGUGCAGGAUCCAGGAGUGAAGGAGCUGUGUGGUUUUUUGGAGAGUCCAGACUGUCGACUGGAGAUUCUGAAAUUGAGGUCCUGCAGUUUGUCAGAGAUCAGUUGUGCUUCUUUGGCCUCAGCUCUGAAGUCCAACCCCUCCCACCUGAGAAGCCUGGAGCUGAGUGAAAACAGCUUGAAGGAUUCAGACCUGAAGGAGCUGUCUGAGCUUGUGAAGAGUCCACACUGUAGACUGGAGAGACUGGGCUGGAAGUGGUGAAGAGAGUGAGACUGAAGAGGACAAUGUGUGUGUUGAGAGAAGAUGAGCUGUGUCUUGAUGACCUAGAAGAUGAAGCAGCAGCAGCAACUGGUGUGUAGCAAAGCUCUGACUCGGUGAUCUUUCUACUCACUAAUAUUUGGUUUCAGAACCUUUGACAACAAUGACAGCCUCUAAAUGUUUCUUGUAGCCUUCUAGAAACUUCUUGCACCUGUCUGUUGGUAGUUUGUGCCACUCCUCCAUUGCCUUCAAGCUCUUUUAGGUUUUCAGGAGUACUUUUGUAGGGGAAGAUUUCAGCAUUCUUCAAAGGUUUUCAAUGGGAUUGAGUUCAGGACUCAUUUCUGGCCAUCUUUUCCCUUCCAGUCAUUCAUUUGUGCUGCUAGAUCUAUGCUUUGUGUCAUUGUCGUGCUCAAAGACCCAAAAUCUUUGCUUCAAAAAAAAAAAAAAAAAGUUUUCUGACACAAGAGAACACAAUUCCUACAAUCCAUAUCCACCUUUGCAGGCUUCUCUCAUUGAGUUUUUUCUUGAUGCCACAUCCAGUCUCUUUUGACUGAAACUGAUAACAUUAUGUAUAACUGUUGAAACUGUUGAAACAGUGAUUUCUAGAUUUUCUGUGAUUGUCUUGUAGCCUUCAGAAUUGUUAUGUUUUUGAUGAUAGCACUUCAUUGCUAUUAGACAGCUAUUGUCUUCACCAUUGUGAAAAAGAAACUGGAAAUACUUAGCCACUUUUUAUGCAGUAAAUCAUCAUUCAUGUGAAUACUGAAAAUUAAACACAGGUUUGUUGUAUUUUGUUUUGUUUGAACUCAUUUAAAUUCUUCUUUAAAUUCUUCAAAAUCUUAAGGGUGCCAAAUAUUAAUGUCCAGUGGAUAUUUUAUGUCUGUAUCUUUUAUUUCACUAUAUGAAAGCAUUUCUUUACUAGGACUACGUGAUUUAGUAAAAGCUUCGUUCAUUUGUUGUUUUUUUCCUUAUUUCAUAUUAAUGAUUAUAUUUUGUCACAGAUGGUGCUAUUUGUAUUUUUAUGUGAGGAUGCAGCAGCCUAAUGUAUCAUUCUUCUUAAUGUUGGGUUAUAUGAUGUUUGUUUGAUGUUUUUAUUUUGUUUGAUGUUUUUAUUUUCAUAGAGAACAGAAGUGAUCAAUAGCAAUGACAUAGUUCAGUGUUUCUCAACCGAAUGUGGUACAAGCACCAAGCAGCACAUUUAGUUUAUUUUAAUGCCAACAGAAGUGCAAAGUUUCUCAUGCUUCAAUUUUCGUAGAGUCGAUAAAAGUUCAAAAUUUUAAUUUAGCUUAAAUAGUUUAGGUUAAUUGAAAAACAAUAUUUAUAUGUGUCCUCAUUUUUUAAUCAUGUUUUUGAGGGUUUUUUCUAUAUUUGGCAGAUGUCAGUAUAGACAGACAAAAAAAUGAGGAGAGCAAGGAGAAUGUCAUGUGAUGAAGAUGGUGGUUAGUAUCUUACCACUAGACCACACCACACCACCACAGGGACAGGACUGGAGUCUGAGGCUGGCUUUCAUAAAAAGAGAAUAAAGAGAAAAAAACUGCUCUGUUUUUAGCUAAAA